AUGGCCCAUUGGGGGCAGGAAGGCUUCAUCUCGGGCGGGACCUUCCCGGCGCCGCCGGAGAGGGAGAAGCGAGGCCGGACCGAAUACUUUUACCCCGCCCCCGCGAGCUCAUGGAGGCGGGAGACGCAUGACAGAACCAUCGCGCGGGAGGCACCAGCUGCCUUCCACGCCAACAAGCGGCAGGAUUUGAACCCGGCGCAGCAGCCCACCGGGAGGGACCAGCACCUCGCGGGUGCCAAAAGCAAGCGCCGCGGCGCAGAGGCAGAGGGGGGCGAGAAUAAGCUGGCGCCCGGCCGCCCGGCGGAGCAGCCAAGCACUGGCGACAGUAAGGAAAGAAAUAUGGACGAAGCGCGGAAGGCCACUGCAGCCGACCAAGGGCCUCCCUCAGCAGAGGGCGCGUGCGGCCACGUCGCCCUGCAAGAACUUUUGCGGCGAAUUAUAGCUCUUGAGUUUUCCGGGCGGUGUACGCAGCGGUCCAUCGCCGUGGUGGUGGCCAUCUGCGACACACUCUGCCACACCCCCGUGGCGGUGGUAAAGGUGAUGGAGGUGCUAGACGAGUGCUUCGCAGACGCCGUUGAAUCGAAACAGCAACAGCAACUUUUAAAUUACUGGUACGUAGCGGACGCCGUCAUGAAACUUUUCCGCGAUCGGCCUUCCAUGCUGAACGCGGUUGUUGUUGCUUUACCGCACCUCCUCCUAAAAUAUGUGCCCUGGAAAAAAAGCAAACUGGCGGAGGCGUCGUGGGUGCGGCGCGAAAGCGAUGAGCACCGUUACGAGCAGUUAUUCCUCACCUGGGGCCGCGCCGUGCCAAAACAGCUUCUUGAUGAAAUAUGGUCCUUGUGGGAGAGCGGCGCCCUCCCAAUAGAGGCGCCCGCCCUCAAUAAGCACUAG